UCACUGUGAACCGAUGCAGCCACCGAACAAGUCACUUUGGACAAAAAAGGAGCGAUCGUUUCCGGACCGUCAGAUGUGAUGCGCUCCUGGCACCGCCACCAUCUCUGACCGGGUUCAUACAGACUCCAGGUACUAAUCCUCCAGCCUGAGCCCAGUGGAUCUUUAUUCUGGCGACGCGUCAAGCUGCUGGUCGCCUCCUCAUACGCUGACUUCUAACUCUGCAGCCUGGAGGCUAAUUUGGACUCAUGAGUAAGCAAUUCAAAACUGUCUGCUGCUCAUAGAGGGAACAGAGGAUCUCCUCGCAUCAUUUAUCCUCGCUCUCCACAGUGGGAGUGUUUUCAUGCAGCAUUAGCCUCACAGAUUUUGCUGCGCUCUUUGUCACAGUGCGACCACCUGCACUUGGAACCCGGCAAAAGGCGGUGGCUGUCCACAAGAACACAAGCAGCUGAGACCGGAGCAUCUGUGCAGCUACACUCCCCCCUCCGAGAAAAGCUCCCAGCUGCCCCCCCGCCUGCUCCAGAGGCAUGUCGACCACCGGGGAUGUACCAGACUUCUUCAAGAGCAUGGGCUCCGACAGCCCGGCCAGGCCGAGGCAGCAGUUCUGUGGCAUGUUCUGCCCGGUGGAGGGCUCCUCCGACAGCAAGACGCUGGACUUUGACGCGCUCUCGAUGUGCAGGGGCCGGAGCGACAGAAGCGUCAUUGACCGGCAGACCGACAUCUCCCAGCCGAGGAAGGUGGAGAUCAGGUUGAGCACCGGGAAAGAAGCUCUGCAGAACCUGGACGAUAAAAGGAGUGACCGUCUCCUCAUUAAAGGGGCGAAGAUCGUGAACGAUGACCAGUCGUUCUGUGCUGACAUCUACAUCGAGGAUGGAGUCAUCAAACAAAUUGGGGAAAACCUCAUCGUGCCCGGCGGCGUCAAAACCAUCGACGCCCACAGCCGCAUGCUGAUGCCGGGCGGCCUCGACGUGCACACACGUUUCCAGAUGCCGGAUCGAGGCAUGACGUCCGCAGACGACUUCUACCAGGGGACCAAGGCCGCGCUCGCCGGAGGCACCACCAUGAUCAUUGACCACGUCGUACCUGAGCCCGGCGUCAGCCUCAUCUCCGCCUUCGAGCAGUGGCGCGAAUGGGCCGACAGCAAGUCCUGCUGCGACUACUCGCUGCACGUGGACAUCACAGAGUGGCACCGGGGCAUCCAGGAGGAGAUGGAGGCGCUGGUGAAGGAUCACGGUGUCAACUCUUUCCUGGUCUACCUGGCUUAUAAAGACGUUUUCCAGCUCACUGACGCUCAGGUGUACGAGGUGUUCAGUGUGAUCCGCGACCUGGGGGCCAUCGCUCAGGUGCACGCUGAGAACGGAGACAUCGUCGCUGAGGAGCAGUGCAAGAUCCUGGAGCAGGGGAUCACUGGGCCUGAAGGACACGUGCUGAGUCAUCCUGAGGAGGUGGAGGCGGAGGCCGUGAACCGCUCGGUGACUGUGGCCAAUCAGACCAACUGUCCCCUGUACGUCACCAAGGUGAUGAGCAAAAGCGCAGCUGAUGUCAUCGCUCAGGCGAGGAAGAAGGGCACCGUGGUCUACGGCGAGCCGAUCACUGCGAGCCUGGGAACGGACGGUUCACACUACUGGAGCAAGAACUGGGCCAAAGCGGCCGCCUUCGUCACCUCCCCUCCCCUGAGCCCCGACCCGACCACACCAGACUAUCUCAACUCCCUGCUCUCCUGUGGCGACCUGCAGGUGACAGGAAGUGCGCACUGUCCCUUCAACACCGCCCAGCGUGCCGUGGGCAAAGACGACUUCAGCUUGAUCCCUGAGGGCGUCAACGGCACCGAGGAGAGGAUGUCCAUCAUCUGGGACAAGUGUGUGGUGACAGGUAAGAUGGACGAGAACCAGUUCGUGGCGGUGACCAGCACCAACGCCGCCAAGAUCUUCAACCUGUACCCCCGCAAGGGACGCAUCGCCGUGGGCUCCGACGCCGAUCUGGUGCUGUGGGACCCAGACGUCAUGAAGAUCAUCUCGGCCAAGACCCACAACUCGACUGUGGAGUACAACAUCUUUGAAGGCACAGAGGUGCGCGGCGGGCCUCUGGUGGUGAUCAGCCAGGGCAAGAUCGUCUUGGAGGAGGGGAACCUCCACACCACCGAGGGCUCGGGACGCUUCGUGGCCCGCAAACCUUUCCCUGACUUUGUCUACAAGAGGAUAAAGGCUCGCAGCAGGCUGGCAGAGCUGAGGGGCGUACCCAGAGGACUGUAUGACGGUCCGGUCUGCGAGGUGUCGGUCACGCCUAAAACCAUGACUCCCGCCUCCUCCGCCAAGACCUCACCUGCCAAGCAGCCCAACCAGCCCGUCCGCAACCUGCACCAGUCCGGAUUCAGUCUAUCUGGUGCUCAAACCGACGACAACAUUCCCCGCCGCAGCACCCAGCGCAUCGUGGCGCCCCCAGGUGGCAAGUCCAACAUCGCCAGCCUGGGUUAAAAGCUCCAACCUCAGGCCGCUGAGGAGGGAACGGAGAUCUGAGGGGGAAAUGGCCGACGGGAGCAAAAGGGUCGAGAAAACCACAUCACGUUAACCGGGAGAGCCCCGCCCCUUUCACGAUAACCGGGAGAGCCCCGCCCCUUGCACCGGGCCGUCCGUUAACCUCGAUCUUCGACUUCCUCCUCUGCUGCUUGUUCAUGCACCCACUCCUCUUCCUCUUCCCCGAUACCCGACCCUAGAGGACACUGCUAGAAACAAAACGACAAAUAAUGAAAAAAGAGAAAAAAAAUGAAAACACUCCUUAUUUGAGCACUUUUUAAAAGCAUUAUUUCGUCUUUUUUUAAAUAAUGUACUUUCUCCCUGCCGUGUGUCCUUUGGAUGUUUGUUAUACUGUUGUUUUAAUAGAGGGGUCAAGACUAAACUGAAUUAACACAGUUCAGAAAAGAGGAUACAUUUCAUGCAAGAUGUCCAUUAUAUUUCCAUUUUCUCUUUUCCGUGUGGGAGUAAUUGUCGGAGCAUGGGUCCAAAACCAGUUUUGUUAUUUCCUCAUUCUGGUUUUCGAAAUAGGCCAAACGGUAGGUUGCUUGAAAUUGAAUAGUCUUGCGGUUUAUUCAGCUGACAAGAAUCUAAUACUUCCAUCGAGCCCGUGACUACCAGUGAUUCGUCUUGUGUUGCAUUUCAAUCGCUUCGCUUUCCAGGGCCUCGCCAUCCGUCAACGCACCCGCUUGCGAUCAAUAUGGAAUUGAUUAUUUGCCAGGAGGGGCGGCCCCGGGAUUUGAAAAAUGUAGCAACACAGGAAUCUUUUACGAGAGAUUUAGACUCUUUGAGUUCGCCCAUCUGUGGCCGAGCUGAGGUACAUGAGUAAAAAGAGCAUAUUUGCGAAUUUGGCAGCUGCGAUUAGAGCCUGUGAGUUGGCGGGGAGGGGGAACCGUGUUGUGCAGCAGAAGGAGCGUUGGCAGGUAGUAAAUAGAGCGUUAAGCCUCGUCUCUGAGCGCUAGGGCCCAUCGUCAAGUGAGAGGAUUGAAGGAAAGAUUUAGGAAAGAGAGUCAGCUCAUGGCCUUAUUCCUUCUUAGCGGCGUCCUCGUAGAAAAACUUUCAAGAAGUGCGCGGAAGGUGCCGUUCACUACGCAGCUACUUGUUUUCCAGUUUGUGAAUCGCAACGGUACAAAUUUUCUAUUCGACAGCUAUUGAAGCGGCCGAUAACCGUCCAUCACCAACCAGUGCAUUUACACACAGAAUGUUUCUCCGCCUCCAAACGUGACUCUCUUUUGUACUCAUCGAGAUCCCCUCUUUCCUUUCCACUCUUUAUGUGCCUGAACCCACAGAAGUUGUACCGAUAGUUUGAUCUUAUUUUGUUUAGUUUUUUUCUUGUGUUGGUGUUCUUAUUGAGGUAAGUGAAGGAUGUAAGAUAAAUUAAAGAUGUAAAAUAGCCAGGAUUAAACCGAUUCAAAGGUG